GGAACCACAAGAGCUUUGUUUUUUUCCCAGCACCAAGAAGCUCAAAGCAAGGCAGGGCCCUGAGGGCGGCCAGGAUGGCAGCACUGGGCUGGGGGCUGCAGCCUACAGCAAUGCAAAGAAUAUCUCACAGCAGUGGCCUUGAGUGCAGUAAAAGCAGACAUAGGGAGGUGACAGAGCAAAGUGCAAGAAAGGCGUGGAAGCACUUAAUCUGUAAUUUCUCUUAUGAGCUGUGGAGCAAUGGUGGGUAGUUGUAGAGGUGAGUGACAGAGCUGGACUUGUUACAGCUGUGUUAUCAGCUGCUGGCAGAAAGGCUGCUUGGCUGCAGAAACUGCUGCUGGCAGGAGCAGGACCCCCAAAACACUGCCAUCCUGGCACCAUGCUGCCAGUCGGGAUGGUUCUGGGUUUGCACUCACCUCACAGACAUCCCAUCUCUUUUCAGAGUCCCCCAGUGCAUCACUUUCACCCCAUUUCCCAUUGUUGCUUUCCAAAGUUCUCUGAAGUUGCCUCCUCCUUACGAGGCUCGGGUUCUUUCAGCCUUAUUAUCCCUGCCUUCACCGAUCCCCAGGCUGCCAGGGCAGCUGCCCUCAUCCAGAUCCAUCCCCAUGCAGUAUUCCCAUCAGAGAGUACCCACUGCCCUCCCACAGCUCGGAAGCACAGGGCAGAUGAAGGAUUGCUGCCUGUAGCAUUCAUUAGAGAAAAUCCCUCUCCCUGUGCAUUACCAGGAGGCAGGAGCAGUGCUGCACAGGUUCAUUGCUUAAGUGCUUUCUGGGCUUGCAGCUCUCUAACAAAGAUGCACUCGGUCAAGCCUGAAGCCUCCACUCCAGCUCCUGCCUGCAGUCAGGCUGGGGCCUCUGUGUGUGGCGGGGGUGCAGCAGGACAGAGGCAUUGAGGCUGUGUGGGCUGAGGCUGGAGGAGGCAGGAGUGCUGGGUUAGAAGGAGAACCUGCAGAACAUCAAGUGCCUCUGGAGAUGUCCCUGCCCUGGGGCAGGCUGCUCUGCCCAACCCGUGCCCAGUAUUUGUCAUGCCUCUCCUUAACCUUCUCCCCAGACCAUCUUCCACUGUUCUUCUGCCCUUUCUGCCAGAAAACUUUUCUUUACUGUCUGCCUUGUGUGGCUCUGCCAGCCACUGCCCAGUGGAGCAGAAGUCACUCCCUUUGUCACUGCUGGGCCUUGCCCUGCCUGGGGAGGCUGCAAGCACAGCUCCCUGCUGUCAGCACUGGCCUCGUCUUCCUCAAACUUUGCUCUCCUGAUGGAUUUCCUAGACAUCUGGUCCUUGCUCCUCUGUCCAGAAAGUCAUGGCACGGAGCACUGUGCUCCCCUCUCGUACCCCAAGUUUGUGCUCUGAGCAAGGAGCCAGCGCUAAGAAACAGGGAGAGGACUUAGCGGAUAAUGACGGGGAUGAAGACGAAGACAUCCGGGACAGCGGGGCCAAGCCAGUGAUGGUGUACAUCCACGGCGGCUCAUACAUGGAGGGCACGGGGAACAUGAUCGACGGCAGCGUCCUGGCCAGCUACGGGAACGUGAUCGUCAUCACACUCAACUACCGCGUCGGAGUGCUCGGGUUCCUGAGCACAGGGGACCAGGCUGCCAAGGGCAACUACGGGCUGCUGGACCAGAUCCAGGCGCUGCGUUGGGUCAGUGAGAACAUUGCCUUCUUCGGCGGCGAUCCUUUGCGCAUCACCGUCUUCGGUUCCGGCAUCGGCGCCUCCUGCGUCAGCCUGCUCACCCUCUCCCACCACUCAGAAGGUCUCUUCCAGAGAGCCAUCAUCCAGAGUGGCUCCGCGCUCUCCAGCUGGGCGGUGAACUACCAGCCCGUCAAGUACACCAGCAUGCUGGCAGACAAGGUGGGCUGCAACGUGCUGGACACGGUGGACAUGGUGGACUGCCUGCGGCAGAAGAGCGCCAAGGAGUUGGUGGAACAAGACAUCCAGCCGGCCCGCUACCACGUGGCCUUUGGGCCGGUCAUCGACGGGGACGUGAUCCCAGAUGACCCAGAGAUCCUGAUGGAGCAGGGCGAGUUCCUCAAUUACGACAUCAUGCUGGGUGUCAACCAAGGCGAAGGGCUGAAGUUCGUGGAGGGCGUGGUGGACCCCGAGGAUGGCGUUUCGGGCAGCGACUUUGACUACUCGGUCUCCAACUUUGUAGACAAUCUGUAUGGCUACCCCGAGGGCAAGGACACCCUGCGAGAAACCAUCAAGUUCAUGUACACAGACUGGGCCGACAGGGACAACCCCGAGACGCGCCGCAAGACCCUGGUGGCCCUCUUCACUGACCACCAGUGGGUGGAGCCAUCGGUGGUGACAGCCGACCUGCACGCCCGCUACGGCUCCCCAACCUACUUCUACGCCUUCUACCACCACUGCCAGAGCCUGAUGAAGCCCGCGUGGUCCGACGCGGCCCACGGGGAUGAGGUGCCUUACGUGUUUGGGAUCCCCAUGAUCGGCCCCACAGACCUCUUUCCCUGCAACUUCUCUAAGAACGAUGUCAUGCUCAGUGCUGUGGUGAUGACCUACUGGACCAACUUUGCCAAGACAGGGGACCCCAACAAGCCCGUCCCACAGGACACCAAGUUCAUCCACACCAAGGCCAACAGGUUUGAGGAGGUGGCCUGGUCCAAGUACAACCCCCGCGACCAGCUGUACCUGCACAUCGGGCUGAAGCCGCGGGUGCGUGACCACUACCGAGCCACCAAGGUGGCUUUCUGGAAGCACCUGGUCCCCCACCUGUACAACCUGCACGACAUGUUCCACUACACCUCCACCACCACCAAAGUGCCGCCGCCCGACACCACGCAGAACUCCCACAUCACCCGCCGGCCCAACGGCAAGAUCUGGACCACCAAGCGCCCCGCCAUCUCACCUGCCUACAACAGCGAGAACGGGAAGGAGAAGUGGAGCCCGGAGCAGGAGGCGGGCACCCUGCUCGAGAGCCCCCGCGACUACUCCACCGAGCUGAGCGUCACCAUCGCCGUGGGCGCCUCGCUCCUCUUCCUCAACGUCUUGGCCUUCGCCGCCCUCUACUACCGCAAGGACAAGCGGCGGCAGGACACGCACCGGCAGCCCAGCCCGCAGCGCGGCGCCGCCAACGACAUUGCCCACGCGCCCGACGAGGAGAUGCCAUCCCUGCAGGCCGGCCAGGCGCACCACGAGUGCGAGGCCGUGCCGCCCCACGACACCCUGCGCCUCGCCGCCCUGCCCGACUACACGCUGACGCUGCGCCGCUCCCCGGACGACAUCCCGCUCAUGACGCCCAACACCAUCACCAUGAUCCCCAACUCGCUGGUGGGGCUGCAGACCCUGCACCCCUACAACACCUUCGCCGCCGGUUUCAACAGCACGGGGCUCCCGCACUCACACUCCACCACCAGGGUAUAGCUGCCCGCGGCCGGCGCACACCCAUGCACGCACGCACACGCACUCGGCAGACACUG